AUGUUGAAUAUGGGAAAACUUCAUGGGGACAAAGGUGGUCUUGGAUUUAAUCACUUUGGUUCUAGUUGUCUAGUUCUACCACUAAGUUUGUCAAUCAGAAAGAAAAUCCAGUCACGAUUCCUCUUGAUGUUCAGCAGCCCCUUUGAUGGAGGCACUGUGACUUUUGGUGGAGGUCAUAGAUCUCAAGUUGUUGGAAAAGGUACUGUUUGUAUCCCUGGUCUGCCCGAGCUUAAGAAUGUUAGAUUUGUUGAGGGUCUCACAUCCAAUCUCAUUAGUGUGAGUCAGCUGUGUGAUGAUGGAAUAGUAGAAGUCAGAUUCUCCAAGCAUGGCUGCAAAAUCAUUGGAAAAGGUGGAAAUGAGAUUGUGAGCGUGGCAAGGUCUAGGGACAAUUGCUUCGCAUUGAUGGGUGUCAACGAUGCAAAAGAAAUAGUUUGCAACAAGGUUGUAAAUGAAACAAGUAUUUUGUGGCAUCAAAGGCUUGGACAUGUUAAUUUUAGAGACUUGCAUAAGUUGUCCAAGAGAGAGCUAGUAAGUGGCUUACCAAAGCUGGGAAAAAUCUGA